CUAACCACAUCCAUGUACCCGGGGCUAGGUCAACAGUCUUUAUAGAGGGGAGUCAGGCGAAGAUUUUCAGUUAGGUCACAGCUCUCCCACCGAACAACAUACGACAGAUUUACCACAGGAAACGUCUGUUCUACUUACGUCUGGGCAUCGUGACGUCAGUGUUUACAUCAAGCCAUGUCCAUCACGAGGGCUUUCUUGUAACAUGGCGAUUAACUUCUCUCUCUGACGUCCAGAUCGCGAAGGUUUGUGUGUGUUACAAAUGUCUUCCAAGUCCUGGAUUGUCCUUCUCCCAAUUCUGCUUCCUUUUAUACAAGAAUGUGGCUCAAGUGAGGUAUGCAUGAAGCACAACCCACCAUGGGGCGCCACCUACCAGCGUUGUGACCAUGGGUGUUGUGGCACAAUGAACGACAGGCAUUGCUGUGCAGACAGUCAGACGCUGACAAUUGUGUUGAGUCUACUCGGUGGCGGAGUGGGGAUUGCCAUUGUUGUCGCUAUAAUCUGGAAUGUCAGUAAAUCCAAAGACAGGUCAAGGGUCGAACCCGAAGGCGUCCCCGUCAUGACUCAAACAGAAGCAGUAUGAAAGAUGGCCCUUUCGGCGGUUAUCGGUUAUCCAGCGGCACUUCUCCAUGGGUGACCUAGCAUACAAACAUUAAUUAGAAUAUUCGUGUACAUACAGACUCCACGAAAGGAAGCAUUGCCUGUUUCGUUGAAUGAACACUGCGGUCAGGGACCGUGGUAUCGACGAAACACUGACAUCCAUGAAAACACACAUCCAUGAACACUGACAGCCAGAAAUCCUUUAUCACGAACACUGAUAUCCAAGAAUAGUGACGUCCAAGAACAUUGAUAUCAAGAGUUCCUUGAUCGAGAACUUUGGCAUCCAUAAUAUGCUUGAUCGAGAACGUUGGCAUCCAUAAAAUUCUUGAUCGAGAACAUUGGCUUCCAUGAAAUCCAUGAUCGAGAACAUUGGCAUCCAUAAAAUCCUUGAUCGAGAACGUUGGCAUCCAUAAAAUUCUUGAUCGAGAACAUUGGCUUCCAUGAAAUCCAUGAUCGAGAACAUUGGCAUCCAUAAAAUUCUUGAUCGAGAACAUUGGCUUCCAUAAAAUCCAUGAUCGAAAACAUUGGCAUCCAUAAAAUCCUUGAUCGAGAACAUUGGCAUCCAUAAAAUCCAUGAUCGAGAACAUUGGCAUCCAUAAUAUCCUUGAUCGAGAACGUUGGCAUCCAUAAAAUUCUUGAUCGAGAACAUUGGCUUCCAUGAAAUCCAUGAUCGAGAACAUUGGCAUCCAUAAAAUCCUUGAUCGAGAACAUUGGCAUCCAUAAAAUCCAUGAUCGAGAACAUUGGCAUCCAUAAUAUCCUUGAUCGAGAACAUUGGCAUCCAUAAAAUUCUUGAUCGAAAACAUUGGCUUCCAUAAAAUCCAUGAUCGAGAACAUUGGCAUCCAUAAAAUCCUUGAUCGAGAACAUUGGCUUCCAUAAAAUCCUUGCUCGAGAACACUGAUAUCCAGGUGCACUGAUACCCAGGAAACUCGACAUCCAGGAACAUCGAAAUCCAGUGAAUGAGUGAGUGAGUAUGGCUUUACGCUGCUUUUAGCAAUAUUCCAGCAAUAUCACGGCAGGGGGGACACCAGAAAUGUGCUUCACAAAUUGUACCCAUGUCGGGAAUCGAACCCGGGUCUUCGUGACGAGCGAACGCUUUAAAUCUAGGCUACCCGACCACCCCUUGAGCUCCAGGAACACGUAUCGUGAUGUCCAGGAACACUGAGAUCAAGGAAUGCUAAUCUCGAGAACACUGUUCUUAAUGAACACUGAUAUCCAGGAACACAUCCUAUCCACAAAAUGCCUAUUUAAAUGCCUCUAUGAUCGAAUAAUGCAAUAAAUGUGAAAAAGUGUA